AUGGCCGACUAUGAAGAUGGGUACGAUUAUGACGAGUAUGAGGAGGAUAUGGGAAUCACUGCCGAGGAUUGCUGGGCUGUGAUCGCUGCAUUCUUCGACAACAAGGGCCUUGCUUCUCAGCAAGUAGAUUCUUUCAACGAAUUCACCACAUCAACAGUUCAGCACCUAGUGAACGAGUACUCUCGCAUCACCCUCGACCAGCCCUCACCACCGAGCCACGAUGGCCGAACAUAUGCGGUGCGGAGAUAUGAGAUCGAUUUCGGCCAUGUAAUGGUCUCCCGACCUUCCAUUACGGAAUCCGAUGGCCGAGAAGCCACUUUGCUUCCCUACGAAUGCCGCGACCGAAACCUAACGUACGCAAGUCCUAUGUACAUUCGAAUCACGAAGAAAGUUACCUUGGCCGUUGAAAACCCCAUUCCUCUUCACGAGAUGGAUGAUGAGCAGCGUGAAACCUACGCGCAAACCAAGGUGGAACCGACCGAGAUCAAGUGGGAGGACGAAGACGUGGAUCCUGAGCCUGCGGAUGGCAAGACCGAUGACCAGAAGAAUAUUGUUUUCGUCGGAAGACUUCCCAUCAUGGUCAAGUCCGAAAUUUGUCAUCUUAGCCACGAAACGGACGAGAACCUGUUCUUGCUGAAUGAGUGUCCUUAUGACCAAGGCGGUUAUUUCAUCAUCAACGGCAGUGAAAAGGUGCUUAUCGCGCAGGAACGCUCCGCAGCCAACAUUGUUCAGGUCUUCAAGAAGGCCCAACCUAGCCCUUACAGCUACACUGCCGAAAUCCGCAGCGCGUUGGAGCGUGGCUCGCGUCUGAUUUCGCAACUCGCCUUGCGGCUGUACACCAAGGGUGAUAAGCGCCUUGGUGGCUCCGGCCCCUUUGUGCGAUCAACUCUGCCCUUCGUCAAGGGCGAUUUACCUAUUGCCAUUGUAUUCCGAGCCCUUGGCGUCGUUUCGGACGAGGACAUCUUGAAUCACAUCUGCUACGACCGGAAUGACAGCCAGAUGUUGGAGAUGCUCCGCCCCUGUAUCGAGGAGGCCUUUGUCAUCCAGGAUCGUGAAGUCGCGCUGGACUACAUUGGCAAGCGUGGACAAAGCUACAUGCUCAACCGAGAACGUAGCGAGACUCGCAAGGCCUUCUUCCUAGGAUACAUGGUCCACAAGCUCCUCCAGUGUGCUCUCGGCCGCCGAGACGUCGAUGACCGAGAUCACUUUGGUAAAAAGCGACUGGACCUAGCUGGUCCCCUCCUCGCGAAGCUAUUCCGUAAUAUCAUGCGUCGCAUCAACCAGGAACUCUCGUCCUACAUGAAGAUGUGUAUCCAGCAGAACAAGAAGUUCCAGACGGUGAACGGUGUCCGUUCGACCACUUUGACAAACGGUCUAAAGUAUUCGCUAGCUACCGGUAACUGGGGUGACCAGAAGAAGGCCAUGAGCUCCACCGCUGGUGUCUCGCAGGUGUUGAACCGUUACACCUUUGCUUCGACACUUUCCCACUUGCGCCGCACCAACACCCCCAUUGGACGAGACGGAAAGCUGGCUAAACCUCGUCAGCUUCACAACACGCAUUGGGGCUUGGUCUGCCCUGCCGAAACGCCCGAGGGGCAGGCUUGCGGUCUCGUCAAGAACCUUUCGCUCAUGUGUUUCGUCAGUGUGGGGACGCCGUCGGACCCCAUUAUCGAAUUCAUGAUCAACCGUGGUAUGGAAGUCGUGGAGGAGUAUGAACCGCUAAGGUACCCCAACGCCACCAAAGUAUUCGUCAAUGGUGUCUGGGUUGGUAUCCACCAGGAUCCGAAGCACUUGGUCAAUGAGAUGAUGGAAACCCGACGCCGUUCAUAUCUCCCGAACGAAGUCUCCCUGGUCCGAGAUAUCCGAGAUCGAGAGUUCAAGGUUUUCUCCGACGCUGGACGCGUUAUGCGACCCGUGUUUGUUGUGCACCAGGAAGAUAAUGAUCAGGCUGGCACGCAAAAGGGAACUCUUGUGCUCACCAAGAAUCACAUCACCAACCUCGCUUCGGAAGAGGCGGUGCCGCCCUCGGAGCGGCAGUACGGUUGGGACUAUCUCGUCAAUGAUGGUGUCAUUGAGUAUCUCGAUGCCGAGGAAGAGGAGACGACCAUGAUUUGCAUGACGCCAGAGGCAUUGGACGAGUACCGCGCUCAAAAGGCUGGUCAUGUCACCGACACGGAUAUUGGAGAUGAUCCCAACCGGCGACUGAAGACCAAGAUGAACCCGACCACGCACAUGUUUACACAUUGCGAAAUCCACCCUAGCAUGAUUCUGGGUAUCUGUGCUAGCAUUAUCCCCUUCCCCGACCACAACCAGUCACCCCGUAACACGUACCAGUCCGCCAUGGGUAAGCAAGCGAUGGGCUUCUUCCUCACAAACUACAUGCGCAGGAUGGACACGAUGGCAAACAUUCUGUACUACCCGCAAAAGCCGCUUGCGACAACAAUGGCCAUGGAGCAUCUCAAAUUCCGAGAGCUACCUGCCGGGCAAAAUGCCAUCGUGGCGAUUGCGUGUUAUUCGGGUUACAACCAGGAAGAUUCCGUCAUCAUGAACCAGAGCUGCAUUGAUCGCGGCAUGUUUAGAAGCUUGUUCUUCCGUUCCUACACGGAUUGCGAGAAGAAGGUGGGCAUCAACCUCGUGGAGCAGUUCGAAAAGCCGUUCCGCAGCGAGACCCUACGCCUCAAGCAUGGCACCUACGACAAACUCGAUGAAGAUGGUAUCGUGGCUCCCGGCGUCCGUGUGUCUGGUGAGGACAUCAUCAUUGGCAAGACUUCACCUCUGGGCAAAGACACGCAAGAGCUGGGCCAGCGCACAACGCAGCACAGCAAAAGAGAUGCUUCGACACCUCUUAGGAGCACGGAGAACGGUAUCGUGGAUUCCGUGGUGAUGACCACCAACCAGGACGGCAUGCGAUACGUAAAGGGUACGAUUGGUGUGACGUACCGACAGGAAGACAUGCCGUUCACGCGCGAAGGCAUCACGCCCGACAUCAUUAUCAACCCGCAUGCCAUUCCUUCGCGAAUGACCAUUGCCCACUUGAUAGAAUGCUUGCUCAGCAAGGUCGGCGCGCUCAAAGGUCUCGAAGGAGACGCGACCCCAUUCACCGAUGUGACGGUCGACUCGGUAUCAGCCUUGUUGCGCGAGGAAGGAUACCAAUCGCGUGGAUUCGAAAUCAUGUACAACGGCCACACGGGAAAGAAGCUUCGAGCGCAGGUCUUCUUUGGGCCAACGUACUACCAGCGCCUCAGGCACAUGGUGGAUGACAAGAUCCACGCGCGUGCUCGCGGCCCGGUGCAAAUCAUGACGCGACAGCCGGUAGAAGGUCGUGCUCGUGACGGUGGUCUUCGUUUCGGAGAGAUGGAACGUGAUUGCAUGAUUGCGCACGGUGCGGCGGCGUUCUUAAAGGAGAGGUUGUUUGAGGUUUCGGACGCCUUCCGUGUCCACAUCUGCGAAAUCUGCGGGUUGAUGACUCCCAUCGCAAAUCUUUCGAAGCAAUCGUUCGAGUGCCGGCCGUGCAAGAACAAGACCAAGAUUGCUCAGGUGCAUAUCCCGUACGCAGCCAAGCUCCUAUUCCAAGAGCUGCAAGCUAUGAAUAUUGCUGCAAGGAUGUUCACGGAUAGGUCCGGGGUGACUAUUCGUUAG